AUGGAAGAAAUCAUAAAGUACCUUAUAAUUAUAGCAUCGGUAAUGACUGCCAAGCUGACAGUUACAGAGAGCAAAAACGAGACGAAGCCCAAAAUUGACAGACGGCACUACCAAAUGCCAAUAUUCAUCAACAUUUGCGACAUAGUGGAUAGAAGAUCGAAAGUCCACUGCUACUGCGACAGUAAUAAGCCUAAAUUGGCGACAAGAGCUGAUUGUUGGAUAUUCGGAGGCGGAUUAACUGAAGACGACCCGAUAUGGCCGAGCUUUUCAUCACAAUCUGAAUUAGAACACCUUAUGUUUAAUGUUCGUACUGACGAUGCAUUGACAUUUGUACCAGCGAAAGCUAUAGUGAGACUCGACAGGCUAAAACAUUUAUCAAUACAAUUUGGAACGAUAAAAAUAAUUUAUCCUUACGCUUUCACAAAUUCCUCGACUAUACGACAAAUAGUUUUGAAAUCCAAUAAGAUAACGAAUUUAGAAAAACAUUCAUUUUCGCAAAUGAUGAUGCUUUCAAACUUGAGUUUGGAUGAUAAUCAAAUAUCAGAAGUAAAAAUUGAUGUCUUUUUCAACUUACCCAAUCUUCAUGUGUUACAUUUGUCAAAUAAUAAUUUAAGUCUUCUUCACGAAGGUUGUUUCAAACACUUAAAUAACUUGAUCGAACUUAAAUUGGAUUACAACUACAUAUCAGUGAUAACUAGAGAAAUGUUGGAGGGUUUGGAGAAUCUUUCUCGAUUAAACUUAAGGAAUAAUAAAAUAAAUAUGAUUGGAAACUUAGCUUUCAGUGAGUUGUGGGGUUUGAAAGAAUUGAUGUUAGAUAAUAAUGCUAUAGAAUUUAUAUCGGAGCGGGCGUUCGGGGGCCUCACGCAAUUGAGAAAGUUGACGCUAUCUGGGAACAAGUUAGCAACUUUUUAUGAGUACGUUCUCGAAGAUAUAAGAAGUCUCGUCGUGUUAGAUUUGAGAGACAAUCUUUUGACAACGAUAUCAUACGAAACAAUAAGGCCCGUGGUAGAGAACGACAAGUCCCUCUCCUCUGUGGUUUAUUUAGAUGGUAACCCACUCAACUGUAAUUGCCGCCUUUCCUGGAUAUAUGUGCUCCGGAACGAGACUCAAGACAAUACUAUGAAACAUGCUCUCGAAAAAGUAUCCUGUGUACCGGAGCCGACCGCUGACAGGCGAAGUGAGUCGAAAGACGACGAAACUGAUAGUAGUAACGUUUUAACUAGCGAUAACUAUGAAUAUUACGAUAAAAGCGAUGACUAUAAUGACAAAGAUAAAGAAAAACCAAACGCGAAUAAAUCUAUCAAAUUGAUAGAUUACCCCCUAGAGACUUUGCCGUGUCCGAAAGACCUAAUGCAGUCUAUAGAAGAAACGUAUGGACAUCCCGUGCAAAAUGAGAUUAGAUUGAAGGCGUUUUCGAAAGUACAUAGAGUUGUACCCAGCUCCCUUUUAAUUGUGACUGUUCUAGUGUUGUAU